AUGGCCGAUGACGAGGACGCCCUUCCGCUUCCGCCGCCCCCGCCGCUGCCUCCGCCUCGCCGCCUCCACAAGCAGCUCCACCCGAGGGGGUCUCGACCGAAUGCUACCUCGCGUGUUCUCUCGCUCGCUAGCCCGGUCGGUCGAUGCAGCUAGCUGAUGGUCUCUCUCCUCGUGCGUGGCGCCGUCGUGUGUGUGUGUGUGUGUGUGUGUGUGUGCAGGUACCAGGUGGAGGUGUUCGAGGCGGCGCUGCGGGGGAACACCAUCGCGGUGCUCGACACGGGGUCCGGGAAGACCAUGGUCGCCGUCAUGCUCGCGCGCGAGCACGCCCGCCGGGUGCGCGCCGGGGAGGCCCCGCGCCGGCUCGUGCUGUUCCUCGCGCCCACCGUGCACCUCGUCCAUCAGCAAUUCGAGGUGUUUCGUGAGUACACUGACCUCGACGCGAUGAAGUGCUCUGGAGCAUCGGGGGUUGGCGAAUGGGGCGUGGAUCAUUGGAGGAAGGAAGUUGGGAGAAAUGAGAUUGUUUUUAUGACGCCACAGAUAUUGUUGGAUGCUCUGCGGCAUGCUUUUCUAACGAUGAGUGCUGUGAGCUUGCUAAUAUUUGAUGAAUGCCAUCGUGCUUGUGGAAGCCAUCCAUAUGCGCGAAUAAUGAAGGAAUUUUACUUUGGGUCUCAGUGGAGGCCUGAUGUAUUUGGAAUGACAGCCUCCCCCGUUGCUACUAAAGGUGCUUCCACAGUACAAGAUUGUGAAGAACACAUUGCUCAACUUGAACUAACCUUGGAUGCCAAGACAUACAUCAUAGAAGAUCGAAAUGAACUUGAGAACUUUUCCCCUCCUGCAACAAUUGUGAGCAAAUACUAUGAUGCUUACAUGGUUGAUUUUGAACAUCUGAAAUCAGAACUUCAGAUAUUAUUUGAGGAGUUUGAUGCUUUGUUGGUUAGUCUUCAAGAAUCACCAUCGAAUAAAUUUGAAGACACCAAUAAUAUCUUAGAGACUUCAAGAAAGAGCUUGUCCAAAUACCAUGGAAAAAUAUUGUACAGCCUAAACGAUCUUGGUCCAAUUAUUACCUCUGAGGUAGUCAAAAUACAUAUUGAAAGUAUUAAGCCAUUAUGUGAUUCUGAAGACUGCAUUUUUUCUAAAGCUAGCUUGAGCUUACACAUGUCUUAUUUUAAAGAAGCUUUAAGUCUAAUUGAGGAAGUUUUGCCACAAGGAUAUAGUGAACUAAUGAAAUCAGAAUCUGGUUCUGAGGAAUUAACUAAAAGGGGAUACAUUUCUUCAAAAGUGAAUACACUGAUCAGCAUUUUCAAAUCAUUUGGGUCUUCAAAUGAAGUGUUUUCCCUAAUUUUUGUAGACAGAAUUGUGACAGCUAAAGCUGUCGAAAGGUUUAUGAGAGGAAUUGUUAACUUCUCUUGUUUUUCAAUUUCUUACUUGACUGGAGGGAGUACAUCAAAAGAUGCUCUGAGUCCAGCAGUGCAGAAAUUUACUUUGGAUUUGUUCCGAGCUGGAAAGGUAAACUUGCUUUUCACAACUGAUGUGACUGAGGAGGGUAUUGAUGUACCUAACUGUUCUUGUGUUAUACGCUUCGACCUACCCAGAACUGUUUGUAGCUAUGUCCAGUCUCGUGGUCGUGCCAGAAGGAACAACUCGGAUUAUAUUCUUAUGAUUGAAAGGGGAAACUUGCAGCAGCAGGAAAACAUAUUUCGUAUAAUACAGACUGGUUAUUAUGUUAAAAACUUUGCGCUGUAUAGACAUCCCAAUGCUUUAUCCUGUGAUUUGUCUAUCCAAGGGAUGUACACCUACCAAGUUCAGUCAACAGGAGCAACUAUAUCUGCAGAUUGCUGUGUCAACCUAAUUCGUAAAUACUGUGAGAAGCUUCCUAAAGAUAGGUAUUUCAUGCCAAAACCUUCCUUUGAGGUGACCAUUGAAGAUGGAUCAUUCAAAUGCACAUUGACGCUACCUCCAAACGCGGCAUUUCAAAGGAUAGUUGGCCCUUUAAGCAGUUCAAGUAGUUUAUCCAAGCAGCUUGUAUCCCUAGAGGCCUGCAAGAAAUUGCAUCAACUGGGAGAACUCAAUGAUCAUCUUGUACCCUUGACUGAAGAACCUAUGGAUACAGAUUUUGCUACAACUGAUGAAAAAUGCAUAUCUGGACCAGGAACAACUAAAAGGAAGGAGCUUCAUGGAACAACAGGUGUUCUUGCUUUAUCAGGAACUUGGAUUCAUGAAAGUGAAAGUGUUACACUGAAUACUUACAGAUUUAAUUUUCUUUGUGACCAAGAGGGUGAAAACUAUGCUGGAUUUGUUCUCUUAAUGGAAUCAGAACUUGACGAUGAUGUGGCAUGUUCAAAAAUGGAUCUGUUCCUGAUCCCUAAUAAAAUGGUCUACACCACUGUAACUCCCUGCGGAAAACUUCAACUAAACAAAAAGCAGUUAAGUAAAGGGAAGUUGUUCCAAGAAUUCUUUUUCAAUGGAAUCUUUGGUAGAUUAUUUCAUGGUUCUCGAACAAGUGGAGCACAGAGGGAUCUUGUUUUCAAAAAAGGGCAUGAAAUACAGUGGAGCUCGGAAAGCAUGUACUUGCUAUUACCUUUGAGGGAUUCUUCACAUAUCCAGGAUGACAUAAACAUACACUGGGAAUCAAUUGAAUCUUGUGCUGGUGCAAUUGAGCAAUUGUGGAGUUCGUAUAAAGGAGAUGAAAAUGUCAUUCCUGGAAAUUAUAUUCCACAAAAAAUAAGAAAGGGACAACAAGACAUUAUUCAUCUGGCCAAUAAGUCUCUUCAUUGUACCACCAUCAAAGAUUCAGUGGUGCUGUCACUACAUACAGGAAGGAUAUACACUGUUCUCGAUUUUAUCUUAAACACAAGUGCGGAGGACUCAUUUGAUGAACUGUGUAACGGGAAAGCUUCACCUUUUACUUCAUUUGUGGACUAUUACCGUCAAAAGUAUGGUAUUAUUAUUCAACAUCCAGAACAACCACUAUUGCUGUUAAAGCAAAGCCACAAUGCACACAAUCUUCUUUUUUCAAAAUUGAAGUAUCUAGAUGGCUCCACUGGCAAACCCCUGCUCAUGGAAAAAGAACAAAUUCAUGCUCGGGUUCCACCUGAACUACUCAUCCACAUUGAUUUAUCAACUGACAUUCUGAAGUCAUUUUAUUUACUCCCUUCUGUAAUGCAUCGACUUCAGUCACUCAUGCUAGCCAGCCAACUUCGCAGAGAAAUUGGUUACAAUCAACAUAUACCAAGCUGUCUGAUUUUGGAAGCUAUCACGACUUUAAGAUGCUGUGAGACAUUUUCUCUAGAGCGCCUAGAGCUAUUAGGAGACUCCGUGCUGAAGUAUGUCGUAGGAUGUGACCUGUUCCUAAGGUAUCCUAUGAAACAUGAAGGUCAGCUCUCUGAUAUGAGAUCCAAGGCUGUCUGCAACGCUACACUUCAUAAACAUGGAAUUUGGCGGUCUUUGCAGGGUUAUGUACGUGAUAAUGCUUUUGACCCACGGCGUUGGGUUGCUCCUGGACAGAUAUCUUUGCACCCUUUUCCUUGUAACUGUGGAAUCCAGACUGCAUUUGUUCCUUCUAAUAGAAGGUUUAUCCGAGAUGACCCAUCUUUUGUUGUGGGAAAACCAUGUGACAGAGGUCAUAGAUGGAUGUGCUCAAAAACAAUAUCUGAUUGUGUUGAAGCACUGGUUGGAGCAUAUUAUGUUGGUGGUGGCAUUGCUGCUACACUUUGGAUUAUGAGGUGGUUAGGAAUCGAUAUCAAAUGUGAUAUGAAGCUAUUGCAGGAAGCGAAGUUUAAUGCAUCUCAUUUAUGCUACUUAUCAAAAAUAAAUGACAUUGAGGAACUGGAAGCAAAACUAAAGUAUAACUUCUCAGUCAAGGGUCUUCUUCUGAAAGCCAUAACUCAUCCAUCUCUGCAGGAAUUAGGUGUUAACUACUGUUACCAGCGUCUGGAAUUUCUUGGUGAUUCUGUGCUGGAUCUACUUAUUACACGUCAUCUGUAUGUUACCCAUAGUGAUGUUGAUCCUGGAGAAUUAACGGAUUUACGCUCUGCUUUGGUUAGUAAUGAGAAUUUUGCACAGGCAGUUGUAAGAAACAACAUUCACAAUCAUCUACAGCAUGGAUCUGGAAUACUUUUGGAGCAGAUCACUGAAUAUGUCAGGUCAAAUUUGGAGUGUCAAAGGAAAGAGAAUGAAUUCCUUCAACAUGCCACUUGUAAAGUACCUAAGGUACUUGGAGACAUUAUGGAAAGCAUUGCCGGUGCAGUAUUUAUAGACACAGAUUUUAACGUUGAUAUGGUUUGGGAGAUUUUUGAACCAUUGCUUUUACCACUGAUCACACCUGAUAAGCUUGCACUGCCACCUUACCGCGAGUUGCUGGAGCUAUGCAGUCAUAUUGGUUGCUUCCUAAAUUCAAAAUGCACCAGUAAAGGAGAAGAAGUAAUUAUAGAGAUGUCAGUGCAAUUACGAGAUGAGCUGCUGAUAGCACAGGGGCAUGACCGUAACAAAAAGAGUGCAAAGGCAAAGGUAGCUUCUCGUAUUUUGGCAGAUCUUAAGCAACGGGGCCUUUCAAUUAAACAAUGUUUGUCCAAGGCUAAGCAGUUGGAUAUCAUGACUUCGGACCUUCAGUUUGGCUUGAAAAGUUCAGGAACACAAAUCGAUUGUUCUGAUUUGAAUGACUAUCAUAUCCUGCAAGGUCUUCCCUCACUAAAGAAAGAAGUUGUGCUUCAACUCACGACGGAGAAAGGUGGGCCGCGAAGAGCACUUUUUAGGCUAUGCAAGAUUUUUCAGUGGCCCAUGCCAGAAUUCGAAUUUGUCGAGCAAAGGUUCAGGACCCCUAUUGUUUUGGAUGGGGCGACAACAACAAACUUCAAUAGCUUUGUUUCGACAAUCACCCUUCACAUACCUGACGCAACGACCAUUACAUUUCAAGGUGAGCGGCGAACUGAUAAAAAAAGUGCUCAGGAUUCAGCAUCGUUGAUUAUGCUUCACAAGCUUGAAGAACUCAAGAUCUGUAUCUGCAAAACUUAGCAAAACAUCAUGGAUCAAUAUGGCAGCUAACUAUUGGUACUAGCUAAUGUGAGCUUCUUCCCUCCCAAAAGGUGAGACAAGGCGAGGAUAUUUCUGAAAAACUUCAUACUCAAGGCUGCAGCUGGUCGCUAUGGUAUAUGGACCUAUUUGGUAUUAUUACCUUGCAUUGCUUGGAUUCUAGGUUGAAUUUCCAAUAGUUUUAGUACUUGAGUCAUGUACUUCUGGGAUUACCAUCACAUAAUUCCUGUUC